CUCGGCUGGCUGUGGGCUCGUCAUGGCGACCGAGCAGAGGCCCUACCACCUGGUGGUGUUCGGCGCGUCUGGCUUCACCGGCCAGUUCGUGAGCGAGGAGGUGGCCCGGGAGCAGGUGGACCCGGCGCGCAGCUCCCGCCUGGCCUGGGCCGUGGCGGGCCGUUGCCGGGAGAAGCUGCAGCGAGUGCUGGAGAGGGCUGCCUUGAAGCUGGGAAGACCGACGCUACCAUCUGAAGUUGGAACAAUAAUUUGUGAUAUCACUAAUCCAGCCUCACUUGAUGAAAUGGCUAAACAGGCAACAGUUGUCCUCAACUGUGUAGGACCAUAUCGAUUUUAUGGAGAACCUGUAGUAAAAGCAUGUAUUGAAAAUGGAACUAGCUGUAUUGACGUCUGUGGAGAACCUCAGUUUCUGGAACUAAUGUAUUGGAAGUAUCAUGAGAAAGCUGCAGAAAAAGGAGUUUAUAUCAUUGGAAGCUGUGGCUUUGACUCCAUUCCAGCAGAUCUGGGAAUAAUAUAUACCAGAAAUAAAAUGAAUGGUACUUUGACUGCUGUGGAAAGUUUCCUGACUGUACAUUCAGGACCUGAGGGUUUGUGCAUUCAUGAUGGUACCUGGAAGUCAGCAGUUUAUGGUUUUGGAGAUCAGAGUAAUUUGAAAAAACUACGAAAUCAGGCAAAUCUGAAACCUGUCCCAAUUGUUGGUCCAAAAUUGAAAAGAAGGUGGCCAAUUUCUUACUGCAGAGAACUCAACAGCUAUUCCAUUCCUUUUUUGGGAGCAGAUACGUCUGUUGUGAAGCGGACUCAGCGUUACUUGCAUGAAAACUUAGAGCAAUCACCUGUUCAAUAUGCUGCUUAUAUAACUGUGGGAGGCAUCACCUCUGUUAUUAAGCUGAUGUUUGCAGGACUUUUCUUUUUAUUCUUUGUGAAGUUUGGCAUUGGAAGGCAGCUUCUCAUAAAAUUCCCAUGGCUCUUCUCCUUUGGUUAUUUUUCCAAACAAGGUCCAACACAAAAACAGAUUGAUGCCUCAUCAUUUACAAUGACAUUCUUUGGUCAAGGAUACAGCCAAGGCUUUGGUUCUGAUAAGAACAAACCAAAUAUCAGAAUUUGUACUCAGGUGAAAGGACCAGAGGCAGGCUACGUGGCUACGCCCAUAGCCAUGGUCCAGGCAGCCAUGACUCUUCUCAGUGAUGCCUCUGAUCUUCCUAAGGCGGGCGGGGUCUUCACACCUGGAGCAGCUUUCUCCAGAACAAAUUUGAUUGACAGACUCAACCAACGUGGCAUUGAAUUUAGCAUCAUUAGCAGCUCUGAAGUCUAAACAUUUGCAGAAUUAACCAGUCAUAAAAUGCAUGAAUUAACAGCUUUUUUAUUUGAUAUUUGAAAUUCUUCUAUAAUCCUAUCUGACUGUAUGUGGAAAAGAUUGUCAAAUGUAAAAUAUAUAUACAUUAAAAGCAGGAAAUUGUACUAGCUUACCCUAAAUUUCAAAUCUUAGCUGAUUUUGUGAUUUUAUUGCUUGUGAGAGAGAACUGGUAUUUGACUGAGUUUUUCGUUGAAGAAUUCACGGUCAAUGUUUAUGCGUGAGCUGGCAGCUCAGAGAGUGGGGUGGGAAUCUCUAUCUGUGUGGCUCACUGAUUCCUUGAUGAGGCGCCCAGACAUGUCAUGUCAGGCAGUAACUGCUGCUUUCCUUGCCGUGCUACUGAAUGGGAUCUCACUUUCCAGUGAGUUUCUCUAUGUAUUGGGGGGGCCUUUGCCAAAUGAAACUGUACUUUUUGCUAUUUUAGCCUAGUUUUUCGCCCAUCUACACUGAUUUUGGACUGAUACUAAGUUGAAUAAUAAAGGAUUGUCAAUUGAA